CUUCAAAGUAUUCCUAACAUUUAAUGACCCGUUUUUAGAAACGCACGCUAUUGGCAGCAAGUUGUUUACGUGGUUUAGAGAUAACACGUCUGUAGUCAUUUCUAUUGGAAGAGCACGAGACGCUAUAAUGACGCCGCUGUGAAAUGAAAUGAAAGGGGAAGUAAAACUUACCGCAGCUGCUUCGGACACAGAAGCCCAGAAGAGCGAAUAUUAUUAAACAGAAAGCUAACUUUAAAGUUGCUACACAACUGAAGUACUCUACGCAGCAACAUGACGUCAACAGAAAACCUGUACUUCAUCAUAAUAAUAAAACCUAAAUAUCCAGGACACAUCGAUGCUGGCCGCAUCUGCUACAUCAGUGAGCACAAGCACAGAUUAUCACUCAGAAGAUCUUGUUCUCCCUUGAAGUUGCCCGUCUUCCUCAUGGGCGCACGUUCAUCAUUAGAUUACGAGCUAGAGGUGAGUAGUAUGGCAAAGCUGAGUGCAGAGGAAGCAGAGCUGCUGCAAGCCCUGUCCGACGACGCGGAAAGGCUGAAGUGGUUCAACGAGAGAGAUGCUCUCCGAACAGCACGAGGACUCACUUUGGGGACGGAAGUGACUGUGGAGGAAGGAGGAGAGAAGCUUCGAGGCAUCCUUCGCUGCAUGGUUAGAGAUCCGGAGCCAACAUAUGCUGCUCCCAUAUCAGAGAAGUUCUUUGGCAUCGAACUGCAGGAAGAAGACAAAAGGAAGGUGAAGACGAGUGGGUCCUUCCGACAUAAACCCUUCUCCUGUCAUAAAGAUUGUGACAUUUUUGCCCCAUUCUCCAGAGUCAGGCCUGUGGGGCCCAGCUCCUUGUCACCCUCCAGUCCUGCACACUCACAGAUAGAAGAGCUCAGUCCUGGAGACAGAGUCACCUACCUCGUCAGGGAUACGUGUCGGCAUGGAAUGGUUGUGGAUGUGGUGCAAAAUGUUGUCCGGAUCUCUACAGACACGGAUGAGAAUGGAAAGAGAGGGGGCGAAGUUGACGUUCCACUAGAUAUGGUUAUUAAAGGGGAGGUGCCCGCUGUAGAGCCAGGGAGAAUGGAUGUUGAUACUCCCCCGGUGGAACCAAACGCUGAUGAUAUGUACUUGGAUCUGAGUGUGAACUCUUUGGUGGAGGUGAACUUAAUGAAAGGCAGGUCAUAUGGAAUCAUCCGCUGGAUCGGCAGUCUGCCUAAUCGGCAGGAAACCAUGGCUGGACUUGAGCUGGAGGAAGACAUUGGAGUGACUGAUGGUACCUUUAAAGAUCAGCGUUUCUUCGCUUGUCCCCCCAAAAGGGCUCUGUUUGUGAAGCUUAGCUCCUGCUGUCCUGACUCACGAUUUCAGAGCACAUCAGCCAAUCACAGCAAAGGGAUGCCUAAACAGGAAGACACAGAGAGAGAGGUAGAGCCCAGUGCAGGGAAGCUGGACACUGUUCCUCCAAUCAGCACCGAGCAGGUUAACCAGAUUUUGAUUGGACGAAUGAAGGGGAUCCAAGGCCACUGUAACUCCUGCUACAUGGAUGCUGCCCUCUUCAGCUUGUUUUCCUGCUCCUCUGUGUUGGACUCCAUGCUGUUUAAAUCAACAGAACCUCAAGAUGCCCCGAUUCAGAGAACAUUGCUCCAUGACAUUGUUAAUCCCCUCCGCAGUAAGGGCUUUGUGGAAGGGCGGCACAUCAUGAAGCUCCGGAAACAGCUGCAGAACCACGGCUACAGUCACUCCUUCACUACGGACGAGAAGGAUCCAGAAGAGUUCCUUACUGUCAUCAUGCACCACAUCCUUGCACUGGAUCCUCUACUCAAACUCUCAGCGGCAGGUAAAGUGCAGGAGAGUUACUGCUAUCAGAUCUUCUUGGACCAGAACCACAGCCUGGUUCUGCCCACAGUCCAGCAGCUGCUGGAGCAUUCCUUUCACACAGCAGGACUCAAGCUGGCAGAGGUGCCAUCCUGCCUCAUCCUCCAGAUGCCUCGCUUUGGGAAGAAAUUCAAGAUGUUUGACAAGAUCAUUCCCUCUCUAGAGCUGGACAUCACUGACCUCCUCUCUGAAGGUCCUCAGCAGUGCAUGCUGUGUGGAGACCUGGCCCAGAUAGAGUGCCCCGACUGUUUUACAGAUCCUCUUUUCAGCCGGACGGGAUUCAAAGUCUUCUGCAAGACGUGUUCAUCUCAGGUGCACUCUCAUCCUCAGCGCCGGUCCCAUCAGCUAGCUGCUCUGGACGUCCCCAAGGGUUACUCGGGCACGCCUCACUCUCUGGUCCGAGACAAGCUGGAGCUGUUUGCUGUGCUCUGCAUCGAGACCAGCCACUACGUGUCCUUCAUCAAACACGGCCCCAGCAGCAACGACUGGAUCUUCUUUGACAGCAUGGCCGACAGAGAAGGGGAGAGAGACGGCUUCAACAUCCCGGAGGUUCACGCCUGCCCCGAGGUCGGCAAGUACCUGGAGAUGUCUCCCGCGGAGCUGGCCAAUCAGGUGCCGCGAGACAUGGAAGGCGUGGCCAAACGUCUCUUUUGUGACGCCUACAUGUACCUGUACCAGAGCACAAACAUGUGUCUCUACCGCUGAGCGGACGCAGCUCCGCAGCUUACGCUUUGCACAAAAUGUAAAUUGGGGGGGG